AUGUCUGCUGAAAACAUUGAAGCUAACCAAGAAAAGUUUGUGGGUGAACAUGCCCAAAAGUACGACAAUGAGUCGUCUUUCCAAUUAGGUCGCGAGAUCUCGCGUAAAGUCUUGGAGUACCCCAACCCCUCGGCCCCUGCAGCCGGAUCUCCUGAAGCUCUUGAGGUCGCAAAGGCUCAAAGCGGUUCUGGAGCAUUUGAUGAUACCGUGUCUGCAUUUUGGGACCCACGAACAACUCGUGUUUUAGACUUUGCAUGUGGCACAGGAAUCAUUUCUGCAUACCUUGCGGCCUACUCGAAGCAAGUUGUGGGUGUCGACAUUGCCAAAGAUAUGCUGGACAUAUUCAAUGCCAAAGUUCACAACCAGGGUAUCCCUUCUGAUGAAGUUCAGGGCUACCUGCUCAACAUUUUCGAUGAUGAAGAUGUUGCAAAGGGCAACAAGAUUGUCCCAGGAGGACUCGACAACUUCGAUGCCGCUGUGACGUCGCUUGCUUAUCACCAUAUUGAUGAUAUUGACCAAGCUUCACGUGCGCUCUUUGCCCGUCUCCGUUCUGGCGGCUGGGUUUACGUCGUUGAUCUCUCGAUGGGUCCCGGGUUCAAGCCUUCUGCAGAAAAGGAUGCUGUUGUUCCUCAUCACGGCGGAUUUGCCCCAGAAACCAUUGGCAACUCACUCAGGGAUGCUGGGUUUGUCGAUGUCAAGGAAAAAAAUAUCUUUGCUGCAUCAUUGUGGGCCACUGAAGAGUACAUUUCACGUUUCCAAAAGCAUCAUACUACCUCGCUUACAGGUAACGACGAUGAGACCAAGGAUUACAAGGAACUUCAUGGUAUGCGCAUCUACGACGAAAAGGUCGAAAAGGGUGUUACAAAGUAUCUCGUCAAGAAGCCUAUGCUCCUCGUCGUCGGCAAGCGUCCUUAA